AUGUCACAACAAGAACGUUACCUCAUCCUUCCAACCUCACCUAUCGAUCAAGUUUUAAAUUCUGGCAUUGUAAAAUUAUCAGAAAAAGACCAAGAAUUAGAAAGUGUUUCUUUUUGGACCAUUUGUCAAGCUCUAUGCAUUGAUAAUGAUGAUUCAACAUCAUAUUCAUUGACUCAAAUAAUUGAUUUAUUACGUUCCUAUCGGGAAUCUAGUAAUUCUUCAUCAAAUUUUGUAAUUUCCCGAAAGUUUGAUGAGAAUGAGUUGGAAUUAACAUACAUGAAGACAUGUGUUUCUACGCUUGAUUCACUGUGUGAAAGUAAUGGUGAAUUAUUGGAUUGUGUGAAAGGUUUAGUGUUGCUUCUUCCUGAAUUAUUCCCAGAUGGGCAAGUUUUACUAUGUUCAGAAGCUAAUCAGAAGGUAGAGUUGACCAGAUUGCAAAUUGCAACUCUUGUGGCCUGUAUGUUGAUUGGAGCAAUUCAAUAUCCAAAGAAACAAUUAUGUGGAAGAAAGUUUGUUGGAUUUGAGACGAGUUUGAGAGAGUGGACUCACAAGUCGACUCCUUCGAGUGAAACUUAUUUGAAAAUAUUGGCAAAUUAUUUGAGGAGAAUGUUUAGAAUAGUUGAAUUGUCUAAAAGGGAUGAAAGCUAUUCGAAUUUUUUGAAUGAAAAGAUUUCAGUGAGGAGAAUUCGAGUAGAUUCUAAUAAUGUGAAACAAUUGGUUGAAGAAAAUAUGGAAAAAUUAAUUGAAAAGCAAGUAAUGGAAAUUCUACCUUCAAGAAUGGAGCAAAUGUCCACAAGAACUUCAAUUUCUACUGUUUUUGCAAACAAAAUGAUUGGUCCAGGAAGUUACUCAACUCAGGAAGAAUUAUUCUUUGGAAUUUACCCUGAAAUGCUUCCAUUUUCAAUGAUUUGUAAAGAAAUUGAAGCAGAGGAAUGUUUGAUUGUAGAAGGAGUUUAUAGACAAUUGGAAAAUGUCACUGAUUUCACAUUUAAUAGACAUGUUUACUUGAAAGAAUCGAAUGCCUUGAAUGAAUCUCUGAAUUAUUUGCAACCAUUUGGUAGCCCACAAACUCUCCUUUUUAUUGAUGCUAUUCCAUUUGAUACUGAAGUAGAAUUAAAUGAAAGAUCCAACAAGUGUAUCAUGAGAGAAAUAACAAAAGCCUACAGUGCAUUUUCACAAUUCAAUGGUCAAUUAAUCAAUUCAGGACGAUGGGGAUGUGGGGCUUAUGGUGCUACUUUGGAGAUUAAGGUUGCCAUUCAAAAGAUUGUCUCCACACUGACAAGUAAUCGGCUCCUCAUAUGCACUGGGCGAUGA